AAAAGACACAAAAUCCUCACCGUCUCUGGUUUGAUACAAACCGAGCUGACACUCUAAAACAAACCGAGGCAUAUACGCCUUACCCGAAAGAAGCGAGCUAUCAAACUCCCGAGAACAGCACACACAAAAAAGCUCGGGUAAACUGCACAAAUUACUCACCCACUGACGUCACACGGGACGAAAAGAAAAGCGAAGACCAAGAGUGUUUAUUUAACGAAAAAGGAAUCAACAACAUAAACAUCACAAAAAACCAAGAAAUGGCAUCACCCCCAAAUUAUUACCGGAAAAAUGACCACCGUAAGGGCAGGGAAGCCAUCACCAUGCUGAAUCAACUGCAAAAUUUCUCAGGCAGCCCCGCUGUUCGCUUCGAUCGUUGGAUUAAGCUUUUCGAUAACGUCGUAGCCAUGUCAAACUGGGACAAUGCAGAAAUAAUCAGUAUGCUAUCAACUAAAAUGUCGGGCGAAGCAUACGACUUACUACAAAACAUCUUGGAAUCCAGCGAUACUUACGAAUACGAAGAUAUCAAGAAACUCUUCCAAGAAAACUACCAUGGAUCCGAAGACAUUGAUUUUUACCAAAACCAAUUCGACGAGAUACAACGGAAGCCAAAAGAAAAUAUUUUAAAUUAUGCCUACAGACUUAAAACGCUAUACACACGUGCCUAUCCCUCCAACAACCAGGAAACACCCGAAGAAAAAACCACGCAACUAAGAUUACUUCGACAAAAAUUUUUGCAAGGACUGGAACCAGAACUUCAAAACAUCGUAAGACACAAAUCAGUAUCAACAUUCGAAGAACUUGUAUCUAUCACACAGAAGUACGCAAAGCGCGUCCAAUCGGAUACGAUAGAAAAAGACAAAAGGAUAUUUGUUAACGCGGUAGCUAGCACUCAAAACGAAACAGCUAUCCUACAAGCAAUCGAAAAACAAAGUGAACACAUAAACUCAAUCGCAUCCUGCCUGAAAUUAGCCACCACUGAACCUUCUCUACAAGAAACAAGCACAUCGCCCGACUUGAGCGGAAAAAUUGACCGUUUAACGGACGUCAUAACAAACCUCGGCAGCAUCAUGCAGGCUAGCAUUCGCCAAACAAAUGAGAUACGUCAACCCCCAGAAAUAACUUCAGCUAUCCCCCGAACCAAUCAAGACACGGAAAUUUCUCAAACCACGCCCCCAAAACAGUUUCAACCGCCAAGGCCCAAUGAACGGGUUCCGACAACCAGUCGGCAACACUUUCGGCAGGCCUAA